CGGAAACGUCUCUGGCCCUCGUCAGCCGCCGUAGCUGGCGUGGAGUCCGGGCAGGGGCGCGGCGGGAGUAUUCGCGGAAGUGCAGCCUGUGGGAGGUUGCGGUGGGGUCCCUAGAGAAUCAGCCCACAGGUUCUACUGUAGGAGCAAGAGCUAACAAGUAAAGUGAGGAGGUGGGCCCAGGACCUGCGUGUGGUCAUUUGUGGGGACACCAUUGACCAGACACCGAGAUUUCAGAAAUUGAGGGGAAUGAAUUCAAGAAGAAACGAAACACACAAGUCCCCUUUACUGACUGUUUUCCAGUAACAGAAGAAAAUGAUUAAGGACCAGGUAUCUCUGACGCUGGAGGAUGUGGCCGUGGACUUCACCUGGGAGGAGUGGCAACUCCUGGCCCCUGCCCAGAGGAACCUGUAUCGGGACGUGAUGUUGGAGAAUUAUAGGAACCUGGUGUCAGUAGACCCUAGCCCAGUUCACAGAGCCUACCUCUUCUGUCAUUUCCCACGCACAGGGUAUGUGGCCAGGAAGCCGGAUGCACUCUCCAGGUGGGAACAAGGGGAACUGUGGACAACAGAAGAUGAAAUCCGCAGUCGAAUCUGUCCAGAGAUCAAGAAAGAUGAUGGUCAUCUACAGGGGCACUUGCAAAAUCAAAGAUGUCCAAAGAGAAUGAAACGAUGCCAUGAACAUAAUGCAUUCGGAAACAUCAUUCAUCAGAGUAAAAGUAAUUUUUCCUUAAGGCAAAAUCAUGAUAUCAUUGACUUAGAUGGGAAAACACUGAAAUCAAAUGUAAGUUUAGUCAACCAGAACAGAAUCUAUGAAGUACAGAACCUCGUUGAGGUUAGUGGAGAUACAAAAUCUUUCUCCCAUAUAAAGCAUGACCAGUAUUGUACUGAAAUUAAAUUUCCUGAAUGUGGGAAUUCUAUGAAUAAAAAUUCCCAAUUCAUCAAGCAUCAAAGAACUGACAAGGUAGAGAAACCCCAUGUAUGCAGUGAAUGUGGAAAAGGCUUCUUCAAGAGAUCUCGGCUCAUGGAUCAUCAGAGAGUUCACACGGGAGAGAAGCCUCAUGGGUGCAGCAUAUGCGGGAAAGCCUUUUCCAGAAAGUCCAGACUCACGGAACAUCAGAAGACUCACGUAGGUAAGAAGCGGUAUGAAUGCUCUGAAUGUGACAAAGCCUUCCCCAAGAAAUCACGGCUAAUCAUGCAUCAGAAAACUCAUACAGGAGAGAAACCCUAUGUGUGCAGUGAGUGUGGAAAAGGUUUUGUCAAGAAGUCUCGGCUCAUAAACCAUCAGAGAGUUCACACAGGAGAGAAGCCUCACGGAUGCAGUCUGUGUGACAAAGCAUUCUCCAGAAAGUCCAGGCUCAUUGAACACCAAAGAACUCACACGGGAGAAAAGCCUUAUGAAUGCACUGAGUGUGACAAAACAUUCCGCUGGAAGUCACAGCUCAAUGCCCAUCAGAAGACUCAUACAGGAGAGAAAUCAUAUAUAUGCAGUGAUUGCGGAAAAGGCUUCAUUCAGAAGGGCAAUCUCAUUGUGCAUCAGCGAACGCAUACUGGGGAGAAGCCUUAUAUAUGCAGUGAAUGUGGGAAAGGUUUCAUUCAGAAGGGCAAUCUCCUUAUACAUCAGCGAACUCACACGGGAGAGAAACCCUACGUGUGCACCGAAUGUGGGAAAGGCUUUAGCCAGAAGACAUGCCUCAUAUCACAUCAGCGAUUUCACACCGGAAAGACUCCCUUUGUGUGUACUGAGUGUGGAAAAUCCUGUUCACACAAGUCUGGUCUCAUUAACCACCAGAGAAUUCACACGGGAGAGAAACCCUAUACCUGCAGUGACUGUGGGAAGGCUUUUAGAGAUAAGUCAUGCCUUAAUCGACACCGGAGAACUCAUACAGGAGAGAGGCCCUAUGGAUGUGCUGACUGUGGGAAGGCUUUCUCUCACCUGUCCUGCCUGGUUUACCAUAAGGGAAUGUUGCAUGCAAGGGAGAAAGGUACACGUUCAGUCACAUUGGAGAAUCCUUUCGCAGAGAGCCACAGCUCAUCGCUUUCAAAUGACAGCAGGCAGGAAAAGGACCCUGUUAACACAGUGUCCGUGCAGAUGCCUCCUGUAGCAGCUCAGACUUCCUUGCAUCUCCGUGGGCUCCUAACAGAUGGGAACAUGGCCACUGUGGGACAUCCAGGUGCCAGAUGCGCGCCGUCAGCAGAUAACAGAAUUUGCUCGGAGAAACCUUUUGAAUGCAGUGAGUGUGGUAGUGCCUUCACUGAUCAGUUGCGUCAUAUUUUAUGUCACGAAAAGCACGCUGAAAUAAAAUGUGAUACGAUCAAGGUGGAAAAUCCUUGACUAAAACCUCCUUGUUCAUUUUGCGGCCAAUAAGUGUGUACGGUGACAAACGGUAUAAAGACCAGGCAUAGUGCAAAGAUGUAGUAUAAAGAUCGGAAAAGCCUUUGUGGAAAGGUAGACCUUACCGGGGCUUCAAAAGUCCCAUAUCAUCAGUGAGCUCAUAGCUGGUAGAAAUAGAAUGACCCUGGAAAAGGCCUUCCCCAGAAGUAGGACUUCAGUAGGCGUCAGAGAGUUCACACAGGAGAACAACAGUUGGAAGAACCCUGAAGGCAGUGCAUGUGGCCCGGUUGUCAGUGGAGCACUCUGCCUCAUCCCUUGGCAGAGGAAAUCGUACAGAACAUCUUCGGCAAAGUACCAGAAAACACAUAAAGCAAAUAAGCCCUGUGAAGAUGAAUAUUUUAGAGAUUUCUGCCACAAGUCUAACAUCAUUUUACUUCAGAUAAUGUACGUAGUUUAUAUUUUAGGACCGUAUACCUUGAGUCAAACUCCUCAUUGGUACAAUGGUCACUCUUUAAUUCAAAGCAGGUGGUAUAUAUUGCACAUCAAUGGUUAGAGCUCUAACAGUACACCCCCUCCCUUUUCGGGGGGGGCAUGAAUCUUUCAUUCCUAUCCACCAUCAUUAUAGGGUUAGCUCUGGUGUUUCUCUGGUUCUGAAUUUAUUCAGUUUAUUUUAGGCUACCAAAGUCCAUCCUUCAGCCUUCAAAAGGAAAGUGAAUACAUUUGAUUCAAUAGCGUACUGUCGUGUGUUUGGAUGUGUUUAACUUUGUAAAUCUCACCCAAAGGAACAACUGCCCAGGACCCACGAAUAACCUAUCAGCCAGGUUCUUUCCCUAGAAAUCUGGUACACACACCACUCAGAAAAACAUUGAUCAGCUGUUUCUUUUACCUAGUGCUGUUCUAGAACCCACAUAUGAUGUCAGUGAACUGAACAAAAGUCCCUGCUGACUUCAAGCUGGCAUUUUUAAAAAAGAUUUUAUUUAUUUAGAUUUAUUUAGCUGAGAGCACAAGCAGGGGAAGUAGAAGGCAGAAGGAAAGGGAGAAGCAGGGAACCUGAUGUGGGGCUCGAUCCCAGGACCGUGGGAUCAUGACCUGAGCCGAAGGCAGAUGCUUAACUGACUGAGCCGCUCAGGUUCCCCUAACCUGGCAUUUUUUUUUUUUAAAGCUGGAUUAUAUGUGUGUAGCAAUUUGACCCUCCAACAAAUGUAAUCAAAGGAUGUAUACACCUACAUUAGUUGAAAAGGACAUACUGUAGAAGGUCCAGAGUAUCCUGGUAACUUCUUGUUCAAGGGCAUAUUAUUAUUUGGAGAGGGAGCAGGAAAGGAUUCACUUAGUUUUACACAUGUAAAAUGGGAUAUGGAGACUUUUUUAAAAGGUUCGUAUCUUACCUCUCCACUUGGAUUAUAAAUGCCUAUCUGGAUAGUUUGGACAGUUGUAUAUUCCCCAGCACAUAUAAAAAUAGGAAAGAAUUACAUAGCUUUGAAAGGUGAUUGAAAGUGAAUGCAUGACCUAAAUGAAUGACCUAAUGGACUAAUCAAUCAAACAUAUUUUUGUCACUGAAAUAAAGGAGCUAUGGGAAUGAAAUUUCAAAGAUCAGUGCUAUCCAAGGAACAUUAAAAAAAAAAAAAGAAUCCUGAAUAGAGGCCUCUGGCAAUAUAGAAGGGGCAGACCAGUGAAGGAAUAGGAUCCGCAGAACAAGCCCAAUUAAUGGAAGAAAGAGAUGUCACUUUAAAUAUUGAGGACAUUGUGUUAGAUGGGUGGAGGUGAGAAUUCCGUCACAUGUCAUGGAGAAGAGCCCUGACUCUGGUCCAUGGUCUGCCACUGCCAUGGCAACUUAAGAGUCGCCAGCAUCUCAGGGAUCCCAGUUCCUCUGUGUUGUGAUGAAUGGAGACAUGACGUGGCAUCAUCAUCCUCAUCGUCAGGGGAAUGGGGCCCGUGUCAUCUCUUCUGUACUCAGGGUUCUUUCUCUUGGUUCAAUAAAGAUCUAUCCAGCUUAAAAACCAUGAGUCCUGCUUACAAGGGAAAAAAUGGAAAUUUGGUGUGUUCCAAACUCUCGAGUCAAUCACUCAAUUCACUACUACAAAUAACAUUUUUUGAGCAUCUGUUCUGUGCCAGGCAAUGUUGUAGACAUGGGAUACUCUGGUGAACAAAACAUGCAAACUAAUGGCCUUUAACAAGACGGAUGCCGGGCAGAUGCUCUUUAAUCAGAAAUGGAUUCCUCUUCGACUCGGUCUGCAGGUCUUCUCCGCUCCUUGUCUUGUGGAUCUACGCUUUGUAUCAUGAUGGUCGGCGUCCUCCUACUUAAAUCUGCAGUCAGGGUCCCUGAAUGGGCUGCAUGGCCUACCGUGAACCUGAGGACCAGGUGCUGAACUCACCUUUCUGAGGUUGGCAUCCCAGGUAAA